AUGAUUCAUUUAAACCACUUACGGAAAGCUUAUAGAGAAACAUAUAACACUGCACGUGCUCUUACGUCCGGGAUAGAAGCUUGGGAAAGUUGCUUUACGAAGAGAUUAUAUAGUAGAAAAGACCUAACUGAGGAAGAUAAAAAAAUUAUUAAAGAGUGGUCUAUCGAUUUUUUUGAAAAACGCAGAGAAAGAGAUAAAAGUGGCAAACCAAGACAAUGUACAAAUUGUAAUUCAACUAAGCAUUCGGAUAUAUAUUGUGAAAAUUGUACUAGAGCGAUGCUUGAGAGUCAAUUUAAAAACUGGACUUCAUGA